GUGGUUUAGAAGCUACCAUCCUCGCUAGCAUCUGUUUCUCUCAUGCCGAAGAGGAAGAGCUAUCACAAAAUCCGAGGCGGGUGUACCACGUGCAAGGAACGAAAAGUCCGCUGCAGCCUCGAACGACCGAUUUGCCAGAACUGUGAAAGACUUUCCAGGCCAUGUAUUUAUGUGCGCGCGGUACCCAGUCAGCACAAUGCUCAGGUAACGCCCAGCCAAGGGGUUCCUGAAACCAUACGGACUCAAGAGCUCGAGCUUAUGCACUAUUACACUGCAUACACAUAUCGGACCAUGAGCCAUAAUCCAGUGCUGAUAUCAUUGUGGAAAGAAGUCGUCCCGAGGCAUGCAUUUCAGCAUCCUUUUCUGCUUCAAGGUCUCCUUGCGGUCGCGGCACACCACAGACUCCAUCACGACAAGAAGACAUUUAACUCGGUCGACUUGAUUGAGACGGCCAAUCUCUAUCAGCAGGAAGCUUUGGCUAGCUACAUCCGUUUACUGAGCGAUAUCACUGAGGAUAACUGCCAUGCGCUAUUCGCUUUCUCGCAAAUCAUAGUGGGGAUCCAGUAUUCGCGAUUGAGCUUGGGCUUCUAUCCAGACAACAGACAUUCACCAGGGGUUAUCGCCGGCAUGGUCGAGAUCUUCGACUUGCUCAAAGGGGCGCUAGCCAUAGCCACGCAGGCCCAUACAUGGUUACGUGCUGGUGAUUUGGAACCUAUGUUGGGCGAUGCGCCGAAGACACCGCCCGCAGAAACGAUUCCUGCUACUAUCGCCACCCCUAGCAUAAAGGCCUUGUCGGCACUUUCGGAGCAUAUCGCGUCCCAGCUGGGCGUCGACGAAGACUCGAAAACUCGGGUGUCGACCCUCCUUUCAACCAUUCAAUUUCUGCGGGCAGCUUUCCUGGAGGACCGCAAUUCAGUCGAUACAUAUAACAAGAUCGCCGGCAUUCCAGUGUUUUUCGAUAUGAAUUAUCUGAGAUUAUUGAAGGCGCGGGACGAGGGCGCACUGGUCGUUCUGGCAUAUUACGGGGUGGCGCUGCAUCAGCUUGGUCAUAUAUCGUUUGUGGACGCCGUCGGAGCUAAAGUCGUGCAGGCCGUAGCAGAUUUGGUCGGUCAGGAGUGGUCGACGCAUUUGGUCUGGCCACAGAUGGAGAUUCGAGCAAGAGGCUGA